AUGGUCAUGUCGAGCAUGAUGGGUGAUGCUAUAUUAAGAGAACGUCUGCCCGCUUUAUGGCGGCGGAUAGAAGACGCACAUUAUAGCUACUUGGAGGUAGAUGACAGUCCCGAGAAGUUAUUGCAGAAGAAGAAGUUAGAAGGUUACAUCCUUGAAUACCUUACACUGGUGCCUCAUGAGUGUAAGUUUGGUCUAGCGGAGGCUGCUAAGAUCUUCCAACGUACUAUAGAUGAGUUGCCCGACUAUAGCGCGUAUCGUGCUAGUAUAGGCUGGGCGGCCAUCGCAAGAUACGCUGGUAAUUUGCUCGCACAACCAUGGAGGAAAGAGUAUAAGGAGAUACGGCUGUACUCCGGUUUCUACAAGCACGAGGUGGAAUCUAACCUGGUGUGUGCUGAAAGCCUUUUACAUAUCCUGGGUUAUAGACCUUCUGGCCCCGGGAAACUCGCGCUUGACGGACCCGUCUGCCCGGACAUGGCCGCUGCUAUAUCCAGGGACGCUAUCAUCGCUUACUGCGAGUGCCAGAUAAUGUCUGAGAUCUGGGAGAGUGUAUGGUCUAACGGCGGACGAGUGUCAUGGGCGGCGGUGUCCCGAGAGCGAGCGGCAAGAGCUUCAUCACCUGCCGCAGCAGCAGCAAGGCUAGCCGGGUGUGGAGAAGCAGAAAUCUACUCAAACUUACCAGCGACUUCAGAUCAAAGGAGGAUAGAAACUGAUCCUACGCCAUAUCAGAUGCCGUCACCGUGUUACUGCACGGACCAGAUCGAAGAACCGGUUCAACCCAUAAUAAACCCCUACCUUAUACCUAAAAUGCCACCUAUGAUGUACGAACUGCCGCCCAUGCAGUGCAAUCCAGUUCCCAUGAUGGCUCCAUACGGUGUCCCGUACUAUUACCCCGUGCAAACACCAUACAUGAUACCCACGCCGGUUUACGCACCGAUAAAACACGCGACAAAUAUACCAGUUAACGGUUAUCCGCCGAUAUAUCUGGAUAUGCCGGCUGUACCCACCGCGCAACUGAUAGAAUUGGAUGGAGCUUCGGUUUACGAGAACGGUAAAUUUGGACGGCAGGAUGAUAGGAGCCAUAAGAGAAAUAGACACACUGAGUCGAAACGUACGUCGAAAUCUGGGUUCAGUGACGUUUCUUUGCCCAGUCUGCCAAGAUCUGACACUCAACCAGCAUUGAGUAAGGCUAAAGAAGACGGCAUGGGCACUUACGAGAGUUGGGACUAUGUUUUUCGGAAUCUAUCAAGCAAGGAACGCCAUGGAGAUAGCAGAAGUGGAUUUUCUCAAUCAUUGGACCGAGAUUCAAGGACGCUAGACAGAUUGGACAGAGAAGAAAGGAGAUCUAAAUACCAACCUACCACCCUAGACCUAGAAGACGGUCUCCAAGCUCUAAACUUGGAUAGAUCGUAUGACGAAGACGCGUAUAGAACGGCUAAGGUGAAUGAGAAUUUAAUGAGGCUCAAACAGGAGCAGGAGUUAAAGAAAUCAAGACAGAUGAAGAAGCAAACAGAAGACAAACGACCGAAGAAAACAAUAGAACCAGUUGGCAACCCUAAGGCUGAUGGUUUGAUCACACAGAAGGUUGCACCGGAUAAGGUUAAACUGCUGACCAAAAAGGAGAUUAAAGACAGGAAGGACGUCAUCAAGCAACAAAACUCAAACAUCGAUACAUCAUCAAACGUGGCUGAUGUCAAGAAAGUCAAGAAAGUGUCCAAGCUCAUACCAUCUGAUGAUAAGAAAAUUAAACCUUUAGAAAAUGGCAUUCACAAGGCACAGAGCUCUAAAACUAAUACAGCCACAAAUCAAUCAAAUCACGAUUUAAAAGCUCAACUGGUCGUAUCGCUCGACGAACCCGAUUACAAGCGAACACCGAAACAGAACGGCGAACGCGAACGAACUCCGAACCGAACUGACGAGGGCAUUGACACCAAGAAAGACAAAUGGGAGUGUAAUACAUGCACAUACCUUAACAAGAACGCGGCCAUCGCAUGCGAGAUGUGUGGAAAGUCAAAAAAGGGACCGGAAAUCGAACCGCUGACUUCCGGUGGGAGGGAAUGUCCCGCCUGUACACUAGUUAACAAACGGGAAGCAAGAAUAUGCGACGCUUGCGGCACUAGUCUAGACCAUUGUCCCACAUACAUUUAA